CAAGCGCAGUAACUCCACAUGUUAUUUUGGGACUGAACGUGUGUUUAGCUAAAAAGAGUUACCGUUAUCGCGUGCGAGUAUUCGCACCACGCUGUUUACUGUCCUUGCGUUUCUCGCGUUGGUGUUCUGUUAGUAUUUUAGCAGCUGUUACACAAACUGCUCGAGGAAAUCUGCUCAGAAAACCGGUAAAUUUUAAGGAAGGCUAAUUAGCUGGCUAGCUGAGCUCACUGUAGUCCAGCAGCAUGGCAGCUGUGUUGGAGCUGGUCGCUGGCAGCUAUGAACAGAUCACCUUCGGUUAUCAAGUAAAAACUGACGAAAAGGAGUGGACAGCCAAAGCAGAAUUCACACAUCACGCUCACACAGCUUCAGUAUCCGCCGUGGCUGCCAGUGAGAGGUUCGUCGUGACGGGGAGCAAAGAUGAGACCAUCCAAGUGUACGACAUGAAGAAAAGAAUCGAGCACGGUGCUUUGCUGCAUCAUGAUGGCACCAUCACUUGCCUCGAGUUUUAUGGGACAUCUCACUUACUGAGCGGAGGAGAGGACGGACUCCUGUGUGUGUGGAGCACGAAGAAGUGGGAGUGUCUGAAAUCCAUCAAAGCUCACAAAGGUCAUGUGACAUCGCUGUCCGUCCAUCCGUCUGGGAAGCUUGUGCUCUCAGUUGGGACCGAUAAGACACUGAGAACGUGGAACCUCAUUAAUGGAAGAUCAGCGUUCAUCAAAAACAUAAAACAGAAUGCACACAUUGUCAGGUGGUCACCAGACGGGGACAGAUACGUGGUCGUGAUGAACGACAAAGUGAACAUCUACGAACUGGAGACGGCCACUGUGACGGGAACGGUCGCAAACCCCAAAAGGAUCGCGUCUGUCAAGUUUUUAAACAACUCCAUCCUGGCCGUUGCAGGAGACGAUGAAACUGUGAGGUUGUGUGAUGUGGAGAAAGCAAAAUGGGUGUGUGAGUUCAAAGCUCACGAAACCAGAGUGAAGACGGUCGACAGUGUGAAUGUGGAUGAUUACUCUGUGGUGGUGACUGCUUCAAAUGAUGGUUUCAUCAAAAUGUGGAAAAUUCAUCUUAAAGAGGAGCUGGAAUCUCCCACUCUCCUUGGGGAAGUGAACACAUCAGCCAGACUGACAUGCCUUGCUGUGAGGAGAACUUCACCGAUGCAGCAGCAGAUCGCUGAGGAAGAAGCACCUCAAGCAACAACAUCUGAAGACCUACUUCCCGAACUUCUACGGACAAAGAGGGUCAGAAUUGCCACGGAAGAAGUCGUCCUGGAAGAGGAGAGCAAGCCCAAGAAGAAGAAGAAAAAGAACAGUGGAAAAUAGAAUAAAAUCUUUUAUUGGCUAUA